UCAGGACUGAGAAGAAUAAUAAACGGACAUCUGUAAAAUGGAACCAAGACCCUUUCCUAUUAUUAUCUGUCUUCUACUAACCCUAGGUUCGGCUGGUGGUUCCUGGUACCAAGAUAAGCUGGAAGGAACCAAUGAACCCUCCUUUAAGAUUACUGGUUCUAUCCUUAAUGUUACUGCAGUAGAAGGACGGAGAGCAUCUUUAAUUUGCUCAGUUUCAAUGCUUCAAGAUAGACAGGUUAGCUGGAUCAGAAAGGAGAAGCAUCCAGUUAUCCUCUCAAGCGGAACUAUUGCAUUUACGUCGGACAACAGAGUAUCAGUUUCUAACCAUCCUGCUACUCAGGACUGGGAACUGAGUAUAGAUAGAGCUAGAACUAGUGAUAGUGGUCCUUAUGAGUGUCAGGUCAACACGGAUCCUAAACUGAAUCUGGGAUACAAUCUGCGUGUCGUACCUGCUGCAGCUGUGAUUCAAGGAGAACAAGCUGUUUAUGUUAAACCUGGAAGUAGUAUCAGUCUCAGUUGCACCAUCAGCUUGUAUUCUGUUCCACCAGCUAGUAUUCACUGGUUCAGAGAUGGCCGGCUUCUAAACCUGGGAUCCCCACGCGGAGGGGUCAGCCUAGAGAACGAGAAAACACCGCAGUACACGCGCAGUACACUUCUUGUAACACGAGCUGUACCCGACGAUAGCGGCAACUAUACAUGUACUCCAACCAGCGGACAUCCAGCAUCUGUUACAGUUCAUGUUCUAGAUGGUGAGAACCCUCGAGCUAUGCAACGCGGAGACGUAUCUGUAGCAGUACCUGGAGUAAAACCAACCUUUCUCCAUCAAAACCUUCUUAUUCUUCUUGUUCUCUAUCUAACCUAAUCAUUUAACGCUGAUCUUAAAACUUCUAUUCUGUAAACUUUGAAACUAAAAAUCAAAUGUGGAUUCUUGGAUUGAUUUUUGUAAAUUAGUGUUGAUUACUGUUAAAAUCUAACUGUUAACGAUGGUAAGGCUGAAUGGAA